UGUAACGGAGCGUAACGCCGGAUGUUGAUUGAACUCGUUUUAAGAACUACACGUAGAGCGGUCGUGUUUAUUAUCAGACGACCAUUUAAACAGUUUUACCCAUCGAAGACAAGCAGGAUGUUGAGGCCAUGGAUGAACCACGUUGCUAUCGUUGCAAUUGCUGUUUUGAUUUUGCUCUUCGUGAGAAGGUACUUAAUCUUUAAUACUGAACCUGAUCAUGGCAAAGCUGCUUGCAUCGUCUUAUCGCAAAAGAUCACCCCCCUGACGUGUCCAGUGCGACGUCUUGUCAACUUGGAAGAACAAUAUAAAUACUAUAAGCUUUCAAAACCUCAAAAUACGAUAUUAAAGUAUCCCGAAGAAACGAAAAACCUGUUCGACAGCAUAUCGUUCCCGUUGUUAAACCACAAUACUCCUAGCGUUCUGUUUCGAAGUGCGACGCGGUCAGAUUUGCACGAGACAAACUGGCUGAUACACUAUCUUGGUAUGGCCAUACGAAAUCAUCGUCUUGCAUCAAAAGUCAGUAAAGAAGAAAGAUACUACACAAGUUAUAAAGAUUUCGCCAAUUUGUUAGCUGAUAUCCGCAGAAAUCAAACCAAUGAUCUUGUUUCGAUUCAGAUACCUGGAUUGCAAACCCUUUUUAAACUCGACCUUGUGUCGAUGAAAGAAUACAUUAAGUAUCCAUCACAAGAACUGCCAUUCCACGAUAUCAUAAAGGACAAUCGCUGGCAACAUGAUGAUGUUUUUACCUUACAAAGGCUGGCUGGGCAAAACCCAAUGAGUCUAAGAAAAAUGAGAAGAGAAGAUUAUACUGAUAAUGCGGCUUACAUUAAUAGAAGGUACGAUUGGGAUGCGGCAAUUAAACGAGCAUCAAAAGAAAAUAAAUCCUUCCCGCAGAUGAUUGACGAUAACAGAGUGUUUAUCAUCGAAUAUAAAAUACUUCAUGAUGUCUCCACUGAUAUUGACGAUAACGUUGGCAAUGUAACGCAACGGAUUGAAAUACUAAGCUCCAGGAGUCCCUUUGCUGUGUUUGUUAUUGCCCACGUUAAUGGGGAAAAGAAACUUACGCCAGUGGCUAUUCAGACGGAACUGUCCCCGGACUCACCCGUGUACAGUCCGGAGGAUGGUGGGAAUUGGAUGCUUGCCAAGAUGGAAAUCCAACGAGCUGAUAUCACUUAUGAAGAACUGGUUGAGCAUUUGACCAAAACACAUUUCUUGAUGGAACCGAUCUGCGUUGUCAUGCGAAGUACGAUGGCGAUAUUUCAUCCAUUAGCACAGAUAUUUCAGUGGCAUUGUCGAGGUCUUUUGGCGAUCAAUUCUAUGGGAUUAAAGAAGCUGCUUGGAGAAGGAGAGUUCUUGCACAAGCUAUUCGCCAUUGGCUCUACAGGUGGUCUGGAAGUUGUUAAUAGAGCCUAUCACAAUACCUCCUGGGAUGAUACAGAUUUUUGGAAAAAACUUCAGGAAAGAGGAGUUGAUAAUCGAGAAGAGCUUCCAUAUUUCCCGUACCGUGACGAUGGUUUGCUUAUUUGGAAGGAAGUUGGUGACUUUGCCGAAGAAUAUGUCCAGCUGUAUUAUAAAAAUGACGAAGACGUGAGAGGCGACUUCGAAUUGCAAAAUUUUGCCAACAAGUUGUCAUCUGAUGGAACGGGAGCGGAAGGAGGAGAGGGAAUGUUGAAGAAAUUUCCAGCAAAGAUUGAAUCAAUAAACCAACUUACCGACAUUGUGAAGCGAAUUGUGUUCAUCCCUGUUCAGCACAGUGCCGUUAAUUACCCUGUAUCGUACUACGCUGGUUUCAUCCCAAAUCAACCUACAAAACUCUAUUUUGAUCCGCGAUUACGCCGAGACGAAUUUGGAUUAAACAGUUUGCCUAAUGUUUACAUUGCAACGCAACAAGUACUACUAGCGAUGUCUUUAGGAUCGCUUCGAUACGACGUCUUUCUUGAUUACGGUGAUAAAUUGGACGACCCUUGGGCAAAAGUUUUGGUUCAAAAAUACCAUGAAAAGUUAAUUGGAACUAUAAACAGUGAAAUCUCUGCGAGAAAUGACAAAAGACUGGAAACUGGAAAGUUUGUAUAUCCGUACUUCUUGCCAAAAUGGCUGACAAACAGCAUUCAAACAUAAAAAUAUGCCCAGAAUCAUUGUUUAGAAUUUAACAUGUUUCUUUUUAAACUUUUCAUGAAGAAAUUUGUUGAUUCAAUCAUUCCCUUCCAUAACUGAA